AUGCCAACAAGCCCGCUUCGCCACCUAUGGACUCUGGCUUCGCAAUCGAGCAUCGACAUCGCAUUCUACGAUCCCCGCACUCUAUUACCCUGGGUGGUUGUUGAUGGCGAAACCUCCCAGAGCAUUCGCCAGUCGCCGGCGUGGCGAGGCGGCUGGCGUGGGAACCUGGCGAAUGGUGGCGAGACUGGCGAGACGGAUAUUUAUUCAAAGUUAUCAUCGGUUCACCUUACACAAAGGUCGUUGGAUGGCAAGAUCCACCAUAUCCGAAGCGUCCAAUUGCCCGAUGCGCUCAAUGACAAUGAUGCGGACCUGUUUACCUAUGAAUGCUGUGGAAGGGGUGGCGGAAAUGAGUACGGUAAGUCAAAUUCCUCUUGGGUACUCGGGCAGUUAUACACACCGAAUUAUGACGGGAACGACGGCUCGAUGCAUCAUCCGACCAUCCAUCGCGAUGCUCCAUGCGAGCGGCUAAACACUUCAGGAGAACGUUUGCCAGGGAAGUUUGCGAGAGGGUUUUUCGAAAUUCUAUACACCGCUAUCCCUCUCCUCGACUACGUUUUGGAAGUCUACGUUACACUCCAUAUGGAAGGAAUGCAUGGCAAGUUGAAGUUCGUGACUGAGGAUUCCUCAUACCGACAUCUCUCCCUCGAUAACUUCCCUUCUCCCCCGUUUUAA